AUGAGAGCCAUUCAGAUCUCCAAGCCAGCAAAUAAUGAUGCCCCGAAGUUAUCACUUAUAACGAAAUCUCAACCUAGGGUGCAACCAGGAUUUGCCCUCGUCAAGGUCAACUUCUCUGCCAUUUUGCCCUCUGAUCGCCUGAAUGCCAAGGGACUAUUCCCAUAUACUUCAUUCCCACGCACACCCGGGCGUGACUAUUCCGGGGUUGUUGUCGAGGUUGACCCGUCAUCUUCUUAUUCCAGUUGGGUCGGAGAAGAGGUUUACGGAACUAGUGACUCGGAGCUUGGAUUCACGCUCGAUGGACCUCACGCCGAGUACUGCCUCAUCCCCGAGGAAAUGCUGGUGAAGAAACCCACCCGGCUAUCAGGCAUCCAAGCAGCUACUGUUGGCGUUCCUUUCACCACGGCACGAAGAUGCUUACAACGAGGCCGUGUGGGCAAAGGAGACACGGUACUAGUCAUUGGGUCCACAGGCACCGUUGGAUCCGCGGCAGUCCAGUUAGCCAAGGCCAUGGGCUGCAAGCGCGUUUUCCGAGCGUCUCGCAAUCCAGAGGACGAGCCGGAUGUACUGCUUCCCGGAAAAAUUGCUGCGGCUAGCAUCCAAGGGCAAGUCUCCAAGUUGAACGAGGGCAAGGGCGUGGAUGUCAUCGUUGACACCGUGGGCCAGACCUCGCUGAUGAAAGCGGCGUUCGAGGCUCUUGCUGUUCGUGGUCGUUACACGUGGAUUGCUGCUCCUCGAGACGGCGGCUCGCCAGAGUUUCCGUUGGACAUUUUUCAAGCAUACCGGAAGGAGAUUGAGCUCAUUGGGUGCAAUACUGCGAUAAAAUCCCGAGCUGAUGUAGCUGAGGAGAUGGAAGCAUUGGCUCAAUGGUUCGAUGCUGGAUUGCUCAAGGCAUCUGAUGAGGAGGAUGUGGAAUUAGUGGGAUUAGACGAGGCAAUUGAGAAGGGCUAUGAAAGACGCGGAUCAAAGAAGCACACACUGGUUAGAAUGGAAUAG